AUGAGGAAAGAGUAUUUUAUUUAUUCAACAAAAGCAUACAUUGGAUGGAUUGCUCCAAUUGUAUCCCUGUCUGGCUCUGUAGUUACUGCAUUUGAUGAUAUCAAUGUUGAUGAUCCAGAUUUUCAAUCAAUUCAAGUCUUAGCAGAAGCCGGUAUGGUCCCCAGCAAAUUAUCUUGGAAGAAUAGUUCUAAUGGUUAUGGAUCUGACUGUAAAGAAGAUAUAAAUUUUUUUCCUGAUAGAUUCAUUUCACGACAAGAUCUAAUGGAAUGGAGAACUCAGGUUGAGUAUGGAUUUUUCUCUGGGAUAAUUGACCAGAUAUCAAUUGAAAAAGCAGGUUAUAUGGAUGUGAAAGAGAUAACUUCUGCAGGAGUUUAUUUGGACAUGUUGGCAGGAGAUAGUAGUAUACUUAGAAAAGUUUUUGGACAGAGUAAGCGCUUUCAGCCAAGCAAACCUUCAACGAAAGCACAAGCAGCUGUGGCUCUGACAAGUGGCAGAAUGAAAGAAGCAAUAUCUGCGGAAAUGUCAAGAUUAGAAGCUGAGAUUUCUGCCAGGCAGGAUGUGGCAAAAGAGAUCAGAUCUGAGCUGCUUAGCCGAGGAGACAUACAGAAGUUUUGGGAUGCGAAGCUUAGUGAAGAAAAAAAUCACGGUUCUGAUAUAGAGAGGCUUUACCUCGAGGCAGUCAACAAUUUGGUGGAAGAGAAGUUCAAUCAAGAAAAGAUAAAUGUUGAUUUUUUAAAAGAACAGGCAGCGAUGGAUUGUCAGAAGCAGAUGAUGCUUAGUUUGAAAAAAGAAGUUGAUGAGAUAUCAGAUAAGCUUGCCUCGGAGAGAGUCAUAUAUGUAGAUGAAAAGCAAACUGUACAGAAGUUACUUAGAGAUUUAGAGUUCAAGCAUGAAGAAAUUCUUGACACCAAGUCCACACUGGAAGCUGAGAAAGAAGCUCUUCAGAUGCUUAGAAGUUGGGUGGAGGAUGAAGCUAGAAGAAGCCAAGCUCGUGCUGCUAUUCUUUCAGAGCAUCAACGGUUGCAACAACUUGAGCAUGCAUGUGUUGACUUUAAAUCAUUUAUUAAUUAUGUGAAAGAUACAUGGUUGACUCCGUAUAGUCAUAGAUUAGUCGAAGCAUGGAUCAAUCAAGUCUUGCAUUUGGGAAACACCACGACUAAUAGGGUUGAGUUCGCACAUUGGAAACUAAAGGAGAUGUUAGAGAAUAAUUUAGGUGGUAUGUGUAAAUGUUGGUAG